AUGCAUUGUUAUCGACUAGUAACCAGUCUCACUCUUACUUUAUCCUUUUCUGUUACAAUUGGACAAAAUUUUAAAAUGAAUUCCGGUGUUAACCAAGAAUUGUUAAGCAAGUUGCAAUCAUCAGUCCGUACUGGUGGUCCAGGUUCAGUCCGUAGAAAGAAGCCAGUCACCAAGUCUACCACCAACGUCGACGACAAGAAGUUGCAAGACAAGCUCAACAGACUCGGUGUCAGACCAAUCCAAGGUAUUGAAGAAGUCAACCUCUUCAAGGCUGACGGUAACAUCAUCCACAUCGCCAACCCAAAGGUCCAAGCUGCUCGUGACACCUUUGUCGUCUCUGGUAAGGCUGAAACCAAGUCUCUCCAAGAACUCCUCCCAGGUAUCAUUGCUCACCUCGGUUCCGACAACAUUGCUAACCUCACCAGACUCGCCCAACAAAUGGCCUCAAAGGGUGCCAUCCCAGAAUCUGACGACGUCCCAAACUUGGUUGGAAACUUUGACAACUAA